UUUACGUCUGAAAUUUCGUCUUGAGCUCCUCGAAAAGAAGGCGCAUCUAUUUCGAUAUUAUACUCCAUCUUGAAAACUAAGUUAAUCGUGGCGACCAGAGCUUCGGUAUAAGUGAGUCGUGCGGUGUACAUGCUAGCAGUGAUUGAUUUGUUAUUCUGUUGCGGUAUUCGCGUAGUGUUCGGUUAUUUUCAUGUCUAGCUACAUUCUUAGUGAUUAGUAUAUUUAUAGUUUUUUAAAUAAUUAUUCGGAAAAGACAGUAAAACUUAUUGAAAUGGGCCGCUCUAGAUCCAGGACAAAAUCUCCUAGUAGACGGCGUCAUAAAAGUAAGCAUUCGAGAAAACGCUCAAAAUCACGUGAGAAGCACUCGAACAACAAGUACGCCGACAAGCCGAAAGAACGUAGUUCUAAAUCAAGGAAACGAUCCCAUUCUGCAUCCUCUAGUUCAGGCUCAGAUGCUUCAGAAGAUGUACACAUUGUCAGUCAUAAGAAACGUUCAUACAGAGACAGGGAUCGCAAAAUGGAUGAGGUAGAGAGGCUGGCAGAAAUGGAACGUCAAAGGAAAAAGAAAGAAUUAUCGAACAAAAUCUUCACCGCAAGUGCAGUUGGAAGGCAGCGUGAAGUUGAACAAAAAAUGGUUGAAGAAGAAGCUGCAAAGCGAAUAGAAGAACUAGUGCAGAAGAGGGUGGAGGAAGAGCUAGAAAAGCGUAAGGAGGAAAUAGAAGCUGAAGUACAAAGGAGAGUAGAAGAAGCUAAAAGGGCUAUGGAACGUCAAAUGAUGGAGGAAAUGGAAUGGAGACAAGCAAAGCUUCGUGAGGAGGAAAAACGAAGAGAGGAGGAAGAGCGGAAGAAGCGUGAGGAACUAGAGAGGAUCAUGGAGGAGAACAACAGAAAAAUAGAAGAAGCACAGAAGAAACUGGCUGAGGAAAGAUUGGCUAUGGUCGAACAGCAACGUUUAAUGGAAGAAGAAAGACAAAGAAUGAGGAAAGAACAUGAAAAGCGUGUUAAAGAGGAACAGAAGAAAAUCCUCGGGAAGAACAACUCGAGGCCUAAAUUGUCCUUUACGCUAAAGCCAGUUACGUGAGUCUGUCUCAUUUCGUGCAGUUUUACAUGUGAUAUUUAUACAUCUUGUCGAUUAUGGAAUUAUUCAUGUUCCGUAAGAACAUUCGUCAUAAGCUGCGCAUACAUAUGUACAUAUAUAUAAUGCAGCAACAAGAUCCAAAGUUCGCUCCGAAUGUAUUUGCGAAAAUUAUCGAAAUCAAGCGACGUUGAAUUUUUUUAUUUAAUUAUGAUGAUAAUACGUACAUCAGAAUUGAAUAAUUAAUUCUAUACUUGCCAGAUUUCGAAGCCCGAUGCAGGUGGGAUUUUACCUGUUUGAGAUUACACCGAUGUCAAUACAGACGAAGGAUUUCUUUUUAUGGCGGGGAUAUAAUAGAGGCAGAAUUUGUAUUCAUCCACGUAUUUGUCGUAAAUUUUUCUACACUAUAACGGUAUACAUUCUGUACAGAUAUGCUCGGUCUGUUUGACGAAGGUGUAGUCUAGCCUAGUUAGGUGUGUUCUACAAAUUGCAAAUGCAGUUCAUAUAUAGUUGUUUCUUCGUAAUUGUACUCUACAAAGAAUAAUUUUAUUUCAGUUAAAUAUAUUAAAGAAACGAGAAUCGUAUUUAUAACGUUCGCGUUUUUAAACUCGAUAACAAUUGAAAAUUUUCAGAUGGUCACAUUAUGAGUACGACCAAAUAGAUUUUGUAACUAAAUGCAAGUGCAUAAAAGAAUUUUCUACGUAAAUAGAUAACUAUUGUGCAUUUGUAACACAUAAUACACAAAGCUAUUUCGGGGAAAUAACAGAAAAGAUAGUUUCUCUGGUAUAUUAAAUCGAGAAUCGUAAUUAAGUAUGCAUACGUUUAGAACAUAAUAUAGAAUUAGUUUUGUCAACGAAAAAUAAAGAAAAACUGACAUAAACACGUUCUUUCUAAUCAAAAUUAAAAUAAGGAACAAGAAAAGACAAAUGCAAUGUUGAAUGGAUCAUUUUGUACGUAUAAAAACAUAUGAAUGCAACAGUGUAUAUCUUGGACUUGGACCAGUAUAUCUUGUGCGCAUUUGUGUAUAGACAUGUAUUGAUAUAACGAAAAAAGAUCUGUUCAUAUAGGAUUGUAUACCUAAAAACAUUGUUACUUGUAAAAUAAAAGUUUUUAUUAAAUCUUA